AGGUUCUAGCUCUUCAUGUGUGUUCAUCGUGAAUCCUCCCAACAACCCUCUGAGGUGUUCGACGCGGGGGAGAUGUUUGGGAUCAUGCAAGUGGAGGAAGUGGAGGAGGAGAGUGAGGACGAGGCCGCACGGGAAGCGCACAAGAAGAAGCCCAACCCGGGCAGCGAGCUCUGCUACAAGGUCAUCGUGACCAACGAGAACGGGCUCCAGGCGGCCGACCCCAACAGCAUCUUCCUCAUCGACCACGCCUGGACGUGCCGCGUGGAGCACGCCCGCCAGCAGCUACAGCAGAUCCCGGGGCUGCUGCACCGCAUGGCCAACCUGAUGGGCGUUGAGUUCCACGGGGAGCUGCCCAGCGCCGAGGCCGUGGACCAGGUGCUGGGGGAGAUGUGGAAGUUCAACCAGACCUACCAGCUGUCCCACGGGACGGCCGAGGAGAAGGUGCCGGUGUGGUACAUCAUGGACGAGUUCGGCUCGCGCAUCCAGCACGCGGACGUGCCCAGCUUCGCCACGGCGCCCUUCUUCUACAUGCCCCAGCAGGUGGCCUACACGCUGCUGUGGCCCCUGAGGGACCUGGACACAGGCGAGGAGGUGACCCGGGACUUUGCCUACGGAGAGACGGACCCCCUGGUCCGGAGGUGCAUGCUGCUGCCCUGGGCGCCCACCGACCUGCUGGACGUCAGCUCCCACACGCCCGAGCCGCCCGCUGAGCACUACCAGGCCAUUUUGGAGGAAAACAAAGAGAAGCUGCCACUGGCCAUCGACCCGGUGGUGCGUCCCAGCGACCACAUCUUCAGGGUCCACACAGACGUGCAGCAGGUGCUCAGCCACCUCACGCACCCCCGCUUCACCUUCACGCAGAGCGAGGCGGACGCCGACAUCCUCUACAACUUCUCCCACUUCAAGGACUACAGGUGCGGCCCU